CCCGGGCAGCCGCGAGGUCCCAGGAGGCGCGGCGCGGGGCGGGGCGGGGCGGGGCGGGGCGGGGCUUGCUGCCGACAGCGACGUGUCCGGAGCGGCGGUGCGGGAGCGUGUGUGAGGCCGUGCCGAGGCUGGAGCCAGCGCCGCCAUGCCCGGGCCCAACCCCAGCGCUACGAGCGUCGGCUCCUCCGGCCGCUCCCCCAGCAAGGCCGUAGCUCCCCGCGCCGCGGGCUCCACCGUCCGACAGAGGAAGAAUGCCAGCUGUGGGACAAGAAGCGCAGGCCGUGCCACUUCCACAGGCACUGGUGGGAUGUGGCGAUUCUACACUGAGGACUCUCCAGGGCUGAAAGUUGGGCCUGUUCCAGUUUUGGUCAUGAGUCUUCUUUUUAUUGCUUCUGUGUUUAUGCUGCACAUUUGGGGUAAAUACACUCGUUCAUAGACUCAACUGCCAACCUAAAGCAUACAUCUUGGACCAAAAAUAUGGUGGAUCCUGGUUGUUCUUGGAGAGAGACUGGGAAGCUUCCAAUCACCUGUUGAAGUCCUGUCAACUUUGGCUCUAAUACUGAAUUAAUUUCUCAGUUUGCUAUUUGGGCAGCUUUAAAAUCUGUCGUGAGUCAUUUUAUAUUUGCAUCUGUACACUUAAAAUACAGGUAUUGCAAUAAAAAUUGUAUAUGGAAA